UCGCGCUUCUGCCGGGCACCGCUUGCCACGGAGGACUACGAGGACGAUCCCCGACACGGAGGCUGCUCGCCGCCCCGCCAUGGCGACCGCAAGGCAAGUGCUCUCUCUCUGUGCUUUCCUCUCCCUGACGCACGCUCGCGCUGAACCCAUCCGCUAUUCCGUAGCUGAGGAGGGCGAGAGCGGCUCCGUGGUAGCCAACGUGGCGGAGGACGCGGGGCUGUCCCCGGCGCAGCUCUCGGCUCGCGGCGCCCGCCUGCUCUCGGAGGACGGCCGGCAGCACUUUCGCUUAGACCGCGCCAGCGGCCGCCUCGUCGUGGGCGAGAGGCUGGACCGCGAGGAGCUGUGCGGGCAGUCCGCUACCUGCACGCUGCCCUUCGAGCUCCUGCUGUCAAACCCCGUGCAGUUCUUUCGGGUCGAGGUGGCCGUGGAGGACAUCAAUGACCACGCGCCCGCUUUCCCGGAGGAACAGGUCACCAUUAAAAUCCCGGAAACGAGCAACCCGGGGUCGCGUUUCCCUCUGGAGGGUGCUCUGGACCUGGAUGUUGGCAGCAAUAGCAUUCAGACUUACAGCAUCUCUCCCGACAACGAGUACUUUAGUGUCGUCUUUGGGAGUCACAUUAAGGACAAGAAGUAUGUAGAAUUGGUCUUGGGAAAACCUCUCGACAGAGAGGAGCAGGCAGAGCUGGAUUUCAGUCUCAUUGCCGUGGAUGGGGGCUCUCCACCCAGGAGUGGGACCACUCAAAUCCACAUUCUCAUUCUAGAUGUAAAUGACAAUGCUCCAAUCUUCUCGCAGGAACUGUAUGUUGGGCAGGUUUUGGAAAAUGCCCCGAAGGGCUCUGUGGUUCUCAGAGUAGUAGCAACUGAUCAGGAUGCAGGAGUUAAUGGAGACAUCUCCUAUCAGUUUAGCCAUGCAGGAGGCCAGAGCCAUUCAGCAUUUGCGAUUGACCCCACAAGCGGUGAAAUUAAACUCACAAAGCCUCUGGACUUUGAGGCAGCAGAGAAUCACGAGCUCAGCGUGCGGGCCACAGAUGGUGGGGGCCUCUCAUCAAUUUGCAGAGUGUUGGUGGAGGUGGUGGAUGUGAAUGACAAUGCACCAGAGCUGGUGGUCAGUUCCUUUAGCAACCCCCUCCCUGAGAACACGUUGACUGGGGCAGUGGUUGCCCUCUUUACUGUCAGAGACCGGGAUUCUGGUGCUAAUGGGAAGAUCUCCUGUGCCCUUGAGGACCAGCUGUCAUUCUCCCUACGCCCAGCCUAUAAGAAUUACUUUGAGCUGGUGACUGUGAGUGCACUGGACCGGGAGGAGACAGCACAGUACAUCCUCACUGUCACAGCAGCAGACGCAGGGUCACCUCCUCUCACAACGACCCAGACCUUCACAGUGGACAUCUCCGAUGUCAAUGACAAUGCACCUGUCUUCAACCAGCCAUCGUACGCCAUGUAUGUGCGUGAGAACAAUGUCCCCACAGUGCUUGUUGGAACCAUAACUGCUACGGAUGCUGACGUGGGGCCCAAUGCCAAAGUGACCUAUUCCCUGGUCCCAGCCCACCCGACAGAGCAGCCUCCCUGCUCCUGCAUCUCUGUGAACUCUGAGAAUGGAGAUGUGUUUGUGCUGCGGCCCCUGGACUAUGAGCAGGUGAGGCAGAUCGAGGUCUUGGUGAGCGCCUCCGAUGCGGGUUCACCUCCUCUCAGUGCCAAUGUCACCAUCCGUAUUUCUGUGGUGGAUGAAAAUGACAACUCGCCACUGGUGCUGUACCCCUCACAGGAUAGCAGCCCUUCAUCCAGAGAGCUGGUGCCCAUUUCAGCUGAGGCGGGCUACCUUAUCACCAAAGUGGUGGCUGUUGAUGCCGACUCAGGGCAGAACUCAUGGCUCUCGUACCACCUGCUGAGGGCCACUGAUCCUGGGCUGUUUGUGGUGAAUGCCCAAAGCGGGGAGGUGCGACUGAGGAGGUCGGUGACAGAGAGAGACACCGUGAAGCAGAAGCUCAUUGUGUUGGUGCGAGACAAUGGUAAGCCUCCACUGUCAGCCACUGCGGUGCUGAGCGCACUCAUGCUCAGUGACUUCUCGGAUGUGCGCCUACCACAAAGCAGCCUGGCCAUGGAGGAGGAUGAAGGUGCCUCCUUGACAACCUAUUUAAUAAUUUCAUUGGUUUUUGUCUCACUCCUCUUCCUCGUGUCCACAGCAGCCUUCAUCGCUCGGAAGGUAUGCAAGAGAAAGGAGCUGAAGGAUGGGCACGUGCUUUAUGGCGCCAGCAACUUGCAGAGCAACCUGGCUGAUGCGGCUGCUGCAGGAACCCUGCCCCACGCCUAUUGCUAUGAGAUCAGCCUCACAAAGGGCUCGGGCAACAGCGAGUUCAAGUUCCUGAAGCCCAUCCUCCCCAGCCUUCCUCCACAGCUGCAUGCCACAGGUGAGGGCACCAACAAUGAACAAGAUUUCCCAUGUGCUCCUCUCACCAUGGAGGAUGUGGCACCAGACAACCAUGGGGUGCUCUCUGCAGAGCAGUUCAAUAGUCUUUCCUUUAACUAUGGCGUGGUUGGGCAAACAAACUUCAACCUUGCAGAAAUGCUCGUAGCCCUCCUCAUGGGUCAGGAAAUCAAGGACAUUGUGGCUCUGCUCCGCUCCUCCGUGUCCGACCUCGGCUUUGGGGCGGCCAGGCUGUGCACGGCUCGCCUCCGGGACCUCGCCAGCCGCGGACUCUGGGCAGCGUGCGAAGCCGCGGGGCAGCUGCCGGCGCUGUCCGGGAGCUCGGGGUGCAGCGGCGGCCCCGCGGAGCUCUCGGCGCUCCUGCCCCACUUUUCCGUCUCCGAUGCGGUGUGCGCGUGUCCUGCCGCGGGGCCCAAAGGCGGGCGAGCUCCCGACAGCAGCGCUUGUGCUCACGGGUCCGUGUGCCGGAGCGAACUGGCAGCGCGGACAGCGGGCAGCGGCGGGCGCAACGGGAGGGCGCUGAGUCCAGCCUGGGUCUGCCGAACACACGCAGGGCAGAGCAGAGCAGAGCCCCGCCAAAGCCAGCCAGACAACCGCGCCGAAAGGCAGCAAGCGGAGGAGAACGGUGCCCCGUGUCAUCUGUUGCCGAGACACAGCGCCCGCACUCUGGGACGCCAGCCGGAGCCGGAGAGAGGGAUCGCACACGUCCGCCGAGCUGCUGCCGGGACCUGCUUGCCGCGAAGGACUGCGAGGACGAUCCCCGACACGGAGGCUGCCCGCCACCCCGCCAUGGCGACCCCAAGGCAAGUGCUCUCUCUCUGUGCUUUCCUCUCCCUGACGCACGCUCGCGCUGAGCCCAUCCGCUAUUCCGUAGCUGAGGAGGGCGAAAGCGGCUCCGUGGUAGCCAACGUGGCGGAGGACGCGGGGCUGUCCCCGGCGCAGCUCUCGGCUCGCGGCGCCCGCCUGCUCUCGGAGGACGGCCGGCAGCACUUUCGCUUAGACCGCGCCAGCGGCCGCCUCGUCGUGGGCGAGAGGCUGGACCGCGAGGAGCUGUGCGGGCAGUCCGCUACCUGCACGCUGCCCUUCGAGCUCCUGCUGUCAAACCCCGUGCAGUUCUUUCGGGUCGAGGUGGCCGUGGAGGACAUCAAUGACCACGUGCCCGCUUUCCCGGAGGAGCGGGUCAAUCUUAAGAUACUGGAAAGGAGCGACCCUGGUUCACGUAUCCCUCUGGAGGGUGCUCUGGACCUUGAUAUUGGAAGCAACAGUAUCCAGUCUUACAGCAUCUCUCCCGAAAAUGAGUUCUUUAGUGUUGACUUUGGGAAACCGAGGGACAGCGACCAAUAUGUUGAACUUGUUUUGGAAAAGCCUCUCGACAGAGAGGAGCAGGCAGAGGUGGAUUUCACUCUCAUUGCCGUGGAUGGGGGCUCUCCACCCAGGAGUGGGACCAUUCAAAUCCACAUUGUUGUUCUAGAUGUAAAUGACAACGCUCCUGUCUUCGUGCAAGACCGAUAUAUUGCACAGGUUUUGGAAAAUGUGCCAGAGGGCUCUGUGGUUCUCAGAGUAAUAGCAACCGAUCGAGAUGCAGGAGCUAAUGGGGACAUCUCCUAUCAGUUUAGCCAAGCAGGAGGCCAGAGCCACUCAGCAUUUGUGAUUGACCCCACAAGCGGUGAAAUUAAACUCACAAAGCCUCUGGACUUUGAGGCAGCAGAAAAUUAUGAGCUUAGAGUGAGGGCCACAGAUGGCGGGGGCCUUUCAGCAAUCUGCAAAGUGUUGGUGGAGGUGGUGGAUGCGAAUGACAAUGCACCGGAGCUGGUGGUCAGUUCCUUCAACAGCCCCCUCCCCGAGAACGUACUGCCUGGGACAGUGGUUGCCCUAUUUACUGUCAGAGACCGGGAUGCUGGUGCCAAUGGGAAGAUCUCCUGUGCCCUUGAGGACCAGCUGUCAUUCUCCCUGCGGCCAGCAUAUAAGAAUUACUUUGAGUUGGUGACUGUGAGUACGCUGGACCGGGAGGAGACAGCACGGUACAUCCUCACAGUCACAGCAGCAGACGCGGGGUCACCUCCUCUCACAACAACCCAGACCUUCACAGUGGACAUCUCUGAUGUCAAUGACAAUGCACCUGUGUUCAACCAGACAUCAUACACCAUGUAUGUGCGUGAGAACAAUGUCCCCACGGUGCUUGUUGGAACCAUAACUGCUACGGAUGUUGACGUGGGGCCCAAUGCAAAGGUGACCUAUUCCCUGGUCCCAGCCCACCCUACAGAGCAGCCUCCCUGCAUCUCUGUGAACUCUGAGAAUGGAGAUGUGUUUGUGCUGCGGCCCCUGGACUAUGAGCAGGUGAGGCAGAUCAAGGUCUUGGUGAGAGCCUCCGAUGCGGGGUCACCUCCCCUCAGUGUCAACGUCACUGUCCACAUUUCUGUGGUGGAUGAAAAUGACAACUCACCACUGGUGCUGUACCCCUCGCAGGAUAGCAGCCCUCCGUCCAGUGAGUUGGUGCCCACUUCAGCUGAGGCAGGCUACCUUAUCACCAAAGUGGUGGCUGUUGAUGCUGACUCAGGGCAGAACUCAUGGCUCUCGUACCACCUGCUGAGGGCCACCGAUCCCGGGCUGUUUGCGGUGGGUGCCCAAAGUGGGGAGGUGCGACUGAGGAGGCCGGUGACAGAGAGAGACACCGUGAAGCAGAAGCUUGUUGUGUUGGUGCGAGACAAUGGUCGACCACCACUGUCAGCCACUGCGGUGCUGAGCGCACUCAUGCUCAGUGACUUCUCGGAUGUGCGCCUACCACAAAGCAGCCUGGCCACAGAGGAUGAGAACAGCUCUCUAACAACCUAUUUAAUAAUUUCAUUGGUUUUUGUCUCACUCCUCUUCGUUGUGUCCACAGCAACCUUCAUCGCUCGCAAGCUGUGCAAGAGAAAGGAGCUGAAGGAUGGGCACGUGCUUUAUGGUGCCAGCAACUUGCAGAGCAGCCUGGCUGAUGCGGCUGCUGCAGGAACCCUGCCCCACGCCUAUUGCUAUGAGAUCAGCCUCACAAAGGGCUCGGGCAACAGCGAGUUCAAGUUCCUGAAGCCCAUCCUCCCCAGCCUUCCUCCACAGCUGCAUGCCACAGGUGAGGGCACCAACAAUGAACAAGAUUUCCCAUGUGCUCCUCUCACCAUGGAGGAUGUGGCACCAGACAACCAUGGGUUGCUCUCUGCAGAGCAGUUCAAUCGUCCUUCCUUUAACUAGCAUGGUGUUGGCACAGCCAGAAUCUUCACAUCUCAUGACUCAAAAGGAUCCCUACUAGGUCAUGUGGCAAUGGUACCUUCAGAGUUAAUCUGCAUUUCCAAUUGGCAUCACUGUUUUCCCACCAAGUCAAAGUCUGAAGAAAGGCUGACGAAUCCUACAAAAAAACAACCAAACAAAAGAAACCAGAGCUUCUUUACUGCGAAAUUGCAUGUUUCAGCAUUCAGAAAUAGCCAUUUCUGAAAUGCUUUAAGAGUGGGGUUAGUUCCAGAAACCCUAGCUAAAUUCUCGUCUCUAUUGCUGACAGUCAGUGCUGUAACACAAUGGCAUGGAUAGGCAGACAUCACAUCCUCACUGAAAUGCAUGUAGCCCUUGUCCCACAUCAAGAAAGCAAGGAAAUUGUGAGUACCAUGUGGCAAUGUGUUAUGAACAAAGGCCUCUUUCUUUUCUGGGUCCUUUUUGUCCAUCCCUGAGAUGGGUAGGGUCUUUUACCAUGUAUGUCCACACAGGUUUUUUGUGUCUGUACAUGCUGCAUCAGUGCUGCCCAGUGAAGCAGAGACUUGCUCACAUCUAAAUAUGGUGAUGUGCACAAUUCCAGCUCAGCAGGCAAGAUUUUGAUCCUUUAAGUACAGCUGUCUGAUUUUCUCUAGGGGAGAGCGGCAAAAUGCAUGACAUCUUCCUUUGGCCUGUAAGGGGAAGUUACUUUCCUUGGGGUUGCCUCUGAAAUACAGCACCACAAACAGUGUUGGGAUAGAAUGUAACAUAACAAAACAGAACAGAGUAGUAGUAUUUGAGUUGUGAGGGGCCUAAACUGAUCAUCUAGUCCAACUGACUGACCACUUCAGGGUUGACCAAAAGUUAACAUAUGUUUUUAUGGGCAUUUUAUAAAUGUCUGGUAAACACUGUCAGGCUUGGGGCAUCGACCACCUCUCUAGGAAGCCUGUUCCAGUGUUUGACAACCCUGUCAGGAAAUAAAUGCUUCCUAAUGUCUAGUCUAAACUUUCCCUGGCACGGCUUUGAACCGUUCCCUGUCAUGGAUGAGAUAAUCACCUCUUUUGGGCCUCUCCUUGCCUGAUUUUUACUUAUACCCAGGGGCAGAGGUUUUUUAUAUGAACUUGUUAGAUUUCCUGCCAUUAAUGAUUCCCCAAUGUCUCAAUCUAUCCAGAUUCCUCUGCAUGGCGUCUUGACCCUCAAGAGAGCCAACUGCACCUCCCAGUUUAGUAUCAUUAGAAGAGUUGCUAAUGAUCCAUUCAACUCCUGCAUCUAGAUCACUGAUAAAUACAUUGAAAAGUCCUGGGCCUAGAGUUGAACCAUGAGGAACCCCACUGCUGCCUGUUACCAGACAAAUUUAGCCCAUAUACUGCAGCCUUUCAAGCCCUGCCCUUCAGCCAGUUCUUUACCCAGCUCGCUACGAACCCAGUCAUCUCACAGUGACCUUAUCGUAAGCAGAACUUUCCCCUGGGGAGCCCAUGUUGACUAUGUCUGAUGACCUCAUUGUUCCUUAAAUGCCUUUCAGUAGUACCCAGUAUGACCUUAUCCAUGAUUUUUACAGGAGCUGUGGUGAGACCAACAGGUCUGUAGUUGCCUGUGUCUUUCCUCAUGCCUUUCUUCCAGACUGGAAGAACAUUGGUUAGGUACCAGUCACCAGGGACCUCCCCAGACUCCUGAGACCUUGGGUAGGUGAUUGAGAAGGGUCCUGCUGUAACUUCUGCCAUCUCCUUCAAUGCUUUGGGCUGAAUCCCAUCAGGUUUCAUGGACUUUUGUCCAUACAGCUGAUACAGCUGGUCCAGAAAUGGAGUCACUCAGUGUUCUCACACUUGUGGUCCUCUGUCUCAGGGGACCAGGCAGUCCUAGGGACUAACAAUUUAAUUAAAAAGCAAGGAAAGAAAGGCAUUGCACACCUCCAACUCUUUUUUGUCCCUGUUAGUCAGGGUGUGAUCUUCUUCUACAGGUACCAGUCUAAUGUUUUCUUUCAAACUCCUCUUGCUAUGAACACACUUAAAAAGCCAUUCUUGUUGUAUGACACAACAUUGGCCAGUUUCAAGUCUGAUCGAGUUUUGGCCUUUCGUGUCUUCUCCCUGCAUAUAUGAACCACAGCUCUGCAAGCUUCCUGCAAAGCCUGACCUUGCUUCCACAAAUCAUACAAUUUCUUUCUCCUCUGGAGCUCCACAAGGACUUCCCUAUUUGGCCAAUUUUCUGCCCUGCAUGCUCGACUUUUGGCACAGUGGAAUUGUUUUCUAAUAGACUGUAACCCUACAGAGUUGUGAGAACAUGUUCCUUGUCCUGGGGUGGACAGACUGGAAGAACAUUGGUUAGCUGCCAAUUCUGAAGGUAGAAUUGAGAUGAACUCAGAAAAGAGACAUUGGAUUUGGUCUUGUCAGUACUGUUCCCAAAUUCAGAGUCUUCAUGAUGGGAAUGAAAAGAUGUCCUGUUAUGAUUUUUUGUGGUUUUUCUUAGAGUAUUUGCAUUCUCCUUUUAUAUUUUUUUUUAUUUUCUUCUACUCUGUGAACUGUAUUUGAACAUUUUCUUGCCUCUUCCUCUUAAGAAGUACUCUCUCACCCAUGUAUAAUAACAGAUUGUUUGAAUGAAGGCAGUGUGGCACAGCAUACUUGGAAACCCUCAUUCUGCAGUUAUAAACUGUGUUGUUGUAACGCAGGAGACUCUUGUGUGUACAAGCAAAAUAAAGAGAACACCCGAA